GUGUGCCCGCCUCCGAUGAUGAUUGGCAGUCCUUUUGCGAGUUUUGUUUAUGCGUGUAAUCUCGCGAGAAGAGAAAGGGUGAAGUAUUUGGGUGAAGAUGGAGCUGUAUGACGAGUUACCGGAACCGCCGCAGCUUCCCGCCUCAGCUGGACCCUCUCCUGACACAAGAUCUCCAAAUGGCAACUCAAGUGGCAAACGCAAAGCAGAAACCAGUGACUUGGACACGUCUGAGGGCAAACACCAGGAAAAGAAAGUUUGUAAAGGAAUCUUGGUUUUAAAAGCUCAUGUAGCAGAGCGACGGGGAGAGCGGGAAGAGCUGCAGGAUGCUCAUACAAUAUGCUAUGACCUUAUCAAGGAAUACCAGCCUAUUCCAUCUGAUGUUUCACGGCUGUCAUACUUCGCUGUCUUUGAUGGUCAUGGUGGGAGCCGUGCAGCACGGUUUGCAUCUCAACAGCUACAUUCGAAUCUGGUGAAAAAACUGCCUCGAGGUGAGGGAAGCAGUGUGGACAAGGGAAUUAAGAAAUGUCUGAUCGAAGCAUUCAAGCAGACAGAUGAAGAGUUCCUGAAACAGGCAGCCAGCCAGAAGCCAGCAUGGAAGGAUGGCACCACUGCUAUUUGUGUAUUGGUUGCAGAUAACAUCUUGUAUAUUGCAAAUCUGGGGGACAGCAGGGCAAUAAUGUGUAGGAUGAAUGAGGAAACUCAGAGGCCCACUGUAUUAAGCUUGAGUAGAGAACAUAAUCCCACUCAGUAUGAAGAAAGGAUGAGGAUACAAAAAGCAGGGGGAAAUGUGAGAAAUGGCAGGGUUUUGGGUGUAUUGGAGGUUUCUCGCUCACUCGGAGAUGGACAGUUCAAACGAUGUGGUGUAAUCAACAACCCAGAUGUGAGAAGGUGUCCUCUUACUGACAAUGACAGGUUUGUUUUGCUGGCCUGUGAUGGUCUUUUUAAAGCUUUCUCAGCUGAAGAAGCUGUAAACUUCAUCUUAAGCCAAGUGCAGGAUGAAAGUGCCCAGGCAGAAGAGGAUCCUGGAGACAUGGAUACCCGCUAUGAAUCUGCCUGCCAUCGCCUUGCUAAUGAAGCAGUGCGGCGAGGUGCUGCCGACAAUGUAACCAUACUCAUUGUACAGAUUCAACAUUGAUACCCAUAGUAUGGGUAGCUGAGUGUUACAGAGAAAUUAAUUAUUGAUGCCACACAUCUACAUCUUCCAGUGUACUAUAACUAUGCCAGUCUGUUGUACAGCUAAGAUGUCAUAAAGUACAGUGCUUUAACCCUUUCAGAGGAUUGCCAAACAAGUACUGGAGAACUUUUUGUUGUUGCAUUCGGAUCAGGACAUGCUUGGUUUGAAAGCCUGUGAUAUAUGCUUUUAUGCAGGUAGAGGAUAUGGAGGCAAAUGUUUGUGGUUUGGAUGUGUGAUUGAUAAUUUUAUGUCAUUAUUUCAGUAAAAAAAAGUUUAAUUUUUUAA